AUGUCUUCGUACGAUUCGAGGUUGAAGGAUCUUGACCAAGUGUUAGAAUCAGAAGUGAUCGAUCUAUCAAAAUUGAGGGAGUUCUGUUUCAACGGUAUUCCUGACGUUAAAGGUUACAGGUCGUUAUGUUGGAGGUUGUUGCUAAAUUACUUACCAUGCGAUAGAAAUAAAUGGGAUGAACAGCUAGACCAUCAUAGAAAACUAUACCAGCAGUGGUUAGAUGAAAUAUUAGUCACUCCGGGUUCAAUCGACAAUGAAGAAUGUGAUCAUCCAUUGAGUGAGGAUCCCAACAGCAAGUGGAACACAUUUUUUAAAGAUAAUCAAGCUCUUACACAAAUAGAUAAAGAUGUCAGGCGAUUACAUCCUGAAUUAUCUUUCUUCCAACAAGCAACUGAUUAUCCAUUACCUAUUGUUGUAUACAGUUGCGGUACUAAACGAUUGAACAGAAGAGUGGGUAUGCAUUUUCUAAAUAGUGCAAAUGUUGUACGAAAAGGUCUUGGUAUUGUUAAAAUAUCACAAAAAUCCGAACAAACUAGUACCUCUGAAUUCAAGCCACUGGAAGAAGGUUCUGAAGCCCAUUGGGAGGUGGUGGAAAGGAUAUUGUUUGUUUACUGCAAAUUAAAUCCUGGACAGGGUUAUGUACAAGGAAUGAAUGAAAUAAUUGGUCCAAUUUAUUAUUGUUUUGCUACUGAUCCAAUUAUUAAAAUGAAAGAGCAUGCCGAGGCUGACUGUUUUUUUGUCUUUACUAAUCUUAUGUCAGAAAUUCGUGAUUUUUUCAUAAAGACAUUAGAUGAAACAGAUACUGGAAUUGUUAACAUGAUGCGUAAAGUAACAGACAGGCUGAAAGAAAAUGAUCCAGUUGUCCAUAGCUAUUUAGUCAAAAAUGAAAUUUAUCCACAGUACUAUAGUUUUAGAUGGUUAACUCUGUUAUUGUCUCAAGAAUUUUCACUGCCAGAAGUCUUAAGGAUAUGGGAUUCACUGUUUUCUGAUUCACAGCGAUUUUCAUUUCUCAUUGAUAUAUGCUGUGCAAUGAUUGUUUUAAUCAGAGAUCAAAUACUGGCAGGAGAUUUUUCGACAAUCGUCAAACUAUUGCAAAAUUAUCCUAAUGUUGAAACUCGUGUUAUUUUGAAUAAAGCUGCAGAAUUAAGUGUUAAGAACAGAGAUGAGGAAUCAAGUGGAAUAUGA